GGCCACACUGCAGUAUAUACAGAAAUCAAAUAGGAUUUUUGCAUUCAAAUUGGAGUCCAACUGAAUCGAACGUUAAAGCUGUGUAAACAAAAACAAUGAAACUGGAGGAGCUGCUGACCAAGGGAUCCUCCUCGCCGCCAGAGGACGACGACGAGGACGAGAAGGUGGAGCUGAAGCCACAGAAGGCGAGCAGCGCCACUGCGGACGAGGGGGCGGAGAACGCGGAGGAUGCGGCCGAGGAUGCUGGCGAAAAGGAAGGCGCGGGUGGCAAGAAGAAGGGCACGCGCAAGAAACGCUCCCUAAACUGGGAGGAGGCCGAGCGAGGGCUGCUCCUCGAGGUCAUCAAGUCCAAGGUGGCCUUUGUGGAGAACCGCAGCGUGGACUCCAAGAGCAUAAAGGCCAAGCGUCUGGCGUGGUCGCAGAUCACCAAGCAGUUCAACGCCCUCAACUUCCGCCACCGCCUGCUGGAGCAGAUCCAGGUGCAGUGGCGCAGCAUGAAGAACUCCGCGAAGCGUGAGCACCAGCAGAAGCAUCCCAAGUCUGAUCCCCUGGAAGGCAUGCGCAUGAUCGAGUUCCUGGAGGAGAUGCAGAAGGACCCGGUCACCUCACGCAGCCAGACGCGCAGCGCCAACACGAAUGGCGCCCUGAAGAAGGAGCUCCUCGACAUCGACGAGGACGAGGACAUGCCGCUGGCCGCUCUGCCAAACUCCACAAAUGCCAGCGAGGACACGCUGCAGACCUCCACCAUCGCCAUUCCCUCGCCGCCGCCCUCCACCGCCGGCGGGGAUGGAGACUCGCAGCAGGAAGGCACUCCCGCCCAGCCGGCAGCCCAGCGUCGCAAGCGGGCCAAGGCCAAGCAGUCGCCCUCGGGCGCCAAGACAGAAACCUCCGCCGAGACGGGGGAGGAAAACGAAAAGGGAGCCGGAUCACCGCGGAAACGGCGUCAAAGGAAUCUCUCACAGGCCCAGUCGCUUCUGUCCGAUGACAACGAGGCCUCCAACAGCGUGGCUCCGAUCAGCUCGCACCAACAGUUCUCCCUGGGCGCCACACCAGUGGCGGACGCGAAUAGCCAGCCACUGGAGCUGGUGGCCGCCUCCGAAAUGGAGCAGAAGUACAAGCAGGACCUGUUCCGGCUGCUGAAACAGGCCCGCCUGGCCGAGAUCGACUACGCCCGGCGGGAGCACGAGCAGAAGCUGCGCUUCGAGCAGAUGGAGCAGGAGGUCAAGAUGGCCUACUACCGCCAGGAGCAGGACCUCAAGCUGCGGCACAUGCGCGAGGAGCACGACAUCCGGCUGCGGCAGCAGCGGCGGGAGCACGAGGCCCGCCUGGGGAUCUACACGCUGAAGGGCUGCGGCCUGAACGGGAGCAUACAGGAGCAGAGCUCGGCCAAGUGCAAUGCCAAAGCGGACUACAACAACGUCCACGAGGGCCCCGGGCCAUCGACCAGUGCGGAGGGGGCGCUGGCGCUCAAUGCCGCCUGCAAUUAGGGGGCGUGGCCGUGGCCGUUGGCUCAUAUGCAUAUACAAUACGAAUUGCCAGCAAUUAGCGUGUAAGGGCAUUUAGAGGAAACAUCAACAGUACUUUAAAAUUUAGCUUGAAAUACGUUUAGCGAAAUGUAGCUCAUCCAGAUGCGGAUGCGAAUACUCAUCGACACACUCAAGUUGCCACGCGGACUAAUGGACUGUUGUUUUUUGUGCAUUUCGCACCGAACGAACUCACAGGCAUUGCAUUUUCAAGAAAUUAGUAUUAUAUAAUUUUAUCGGUAUCAGUUAAGAGCAGCGCGCCGGGCGGAGAGAUCAAUUCAAACGCGGUUGUGUCGUCGAAAACAAACUCAAAAAUACUCAGCACAGACUUUGGAUAAGUUCCCCACUUGCAGGACGCAAUUUACUCAUCAGUCAGUAUUCUCUAUGGCCACUGUAUUAUUUUUAUAUAUUCUCCUUUAGUUCUAAGUUUUUUUACACAACUACCACUUAUACAUAGGGGUGCAACCAGGCCGCAAUGUAAAUCCAUGUAUGUUUGUCCAUACAGAAGCGAGAACUUUUAUAAUUCGUGUAAUCAUAAGUUACUGUACGUCGUGUUGUAUAGCGCUGUAAUAUCCUGUCACUUGCUUCAGCUUAAUAAAUACCCUAUGUCGGGCGAGAGCGA